CGCGCACACGCGCGCGCUCCCCGCGGAACUCCCGGUGGGGGCUGUGCGCGCCGCCGGAGGCGCGUCCGAGUCGCCGAGGCCGCCGCCAACAUGGCCGAGACGAGCGAGGAGGUGGCGGUGCUGGUGCAGCGGGUGGUGAAGGACAUCACCAACGCCUUCCGGAGGAACCCGCACAUAGAUGAAAUUGGCUUGAUCCCAUGUCCUGAAGCAAGAUAUAACCGGAGUCCCAUAGUUCUUGUGGAAAACAAACUUGGCGUGGAGAGUUGGUGUGUCAAAUUCCUGUUACCAUAUGUCCACAACAAGCUCCUUUUGUACAGAACAAGAAAGCAGUGGCUGAACAAAGAUGAAUUGAUAGAUGUCACAUGUACCCUCUUGCUUCUAAACCCAGACUUUACCACUGCGUGGAAUGUCAGGAAAGAACUUAUUCUCUCUGGCACUUUAAAUCCAAUUAAGGACCUGCAUCUGGGGAAAUUGGCCUUAACUAAGUUUCCAAAGAGUCCAGAAACGUGGAUUCACAGGCGAUGGGUGCUACAACAGCUAAUUCAGGAAACCUCCUCGCCUGCCUUUGUAAGCAAAGGAAACUUGGGGACUGUUCCUGCAGAAAGGACACAGCGACUAAUACAAGAAGAGAUGGAGGUCUGUGGCGAAGCAGCGGGGAGAUACCCAAGCAAUUACAAUGCUUGGUCCCACCGCAUCUGGGUCUUACAACACCUUGCCAAAUUAGACAUCAAGAUUCUUCUUGAUGAACUCUCUUCUACUAAACACUGGGCAUCCAUGCAUGUAUCUGACCACAGCGGUUUUCACUACCGCCAGUUUUUGUUAAAGUCAUUGAUUAGCCAAACUGUGAUAGUUGGUUCUGUGUUGGAGCAAAAUCAUUUGAGAAGUGAGCAAACCUUAAUUCUUCCAAAAGAUGAAGAAGCAUCAGCCUCAGCAGAAGAACCAAGGAUAAAUCUUCCUCGUCUUCUAGAAGAAGAAGUUGAGUUCAGUACUGAUCUCAUUGAUUCCUACCCAGGACAUGAAACUCUUUGGUGUCAUAGACGACAUGUUUUCUACCUUCAGCAUCACUUGAAUGGUAGGCUUCCUCACUGUGUGACCCAGUUGUCACCUGCAGACAGCACUGGGGGAACUGUAAAUGACUUGCACCUCAUCCCAGGAGGCACCCACAUUUCUCAGGCAAUGGAGGUGGAUGGACUGAGUGACUCUAACAAGCAGGGCUUUUCUCAGGAAACCAAACGCCUGAAGCGGACCCCAGCUCCUGACUCUCUCGGCCUGGAAAUGGAGCACAGGUUCAUCGAUCAAGUAUUGUCCACGUGCCGGAAUGUGGAGCAGGCCAGAUUUGCCAAUGCAUACAGAAAAUGGCUGGUUACACUGAGUCAGUGAAAGAAAUGGAUUAGCCCUGCAAGGUCCCCUUUUAGUGCAAUAUUGUUUUCCUUUCUUAUUUACAUAGUUGCAUGAAUUAUUUCUGUAAUUGGCUAACUAUAUAUGUUCUUCAUCUUUAGGUUAAAAGUCCAUAGGGGAUCUUUAUUUAUUUUGUUAAGAACUGACAUUCCUUUGAGGAUACAGUAAUUCUGUAGUUCCUUCCUGCUAAAAAGUGAGUCUUAAUGUUUUUAACUUCUUAUCCUUUAUAUUUCUGUACAUGAGAUUUCUUGUCAUUUGGUUCUUUUAAAGUGGUUCAAGUAUACCACCCCCCGCAGUGCAAUUGCUGCAUAGGCUCAUUUUUUAAAAGUGAAAAUUUAUGCUAUAGUUCUACUUAAGAACAGUACAAAUGCAAAAUUACUCAAUUUAGUGGUUUAUUUGAGAAUCAAAUGGCCUGAUAGAUGGAUAUGUGAAAUAUAAAUCAUUUCUUUUUUCUCUAGAACACCCUACUCGUGAUAGACCCACAUAACCAAAGUGAAUAAUGUUUGAAUUUAUAUGAAAAAGUGCUUCCAAUAGACCCAUUUUUGAAAUGGUUAUUUUAAAGAAACAAAUUUUAAGAUUUUAUGUAAUAGCAGUACUGGAAAAUUAUUUUUAUUACUAGUUUUGAUAGAUUGUUUUUACCUCAAAUUUGGUAUAUGCCAAAAACAAUCAGUCCAUAUAUAAAGCAAACUUUUUUUGAAAACCUGAAAUGCCAUUUUUUGUCAUAUGCUUACUUUGCUUUUGAAGCGACCCCGAAAAAAAUGGAGAAAUAUUCAUAGAAUGUCCAUUAAAAUUUUCCUUUAAAAAAUUUAAGUUUUUGAGGAUACACUGGAUAAAUUACAAAACUUCUUGAAAUGGUUAAUAGAAGUGUACUGGCAAAAGCCAAAGGAAGGGAAUAUUUAGAAGGUUAAUUAGUUCUUCAGUCUUUAUUUUAAAAAAUAAAGCAGUUUUUUAAAUUUUAGUACUAAAUUUAUCAGGGAUGAGGUACCAAAGUAUCCACCUUACUGUUAGCUGUGUAUCUUAUCUUUUUAGUAAGUAACAAGGGCUGGAUUUUUCAAGUCAUGAGGUAGGAGUAGGGAAAGGUCCAAUAAUCUAUCUAUUCCUCCUUCCUAGAUACUCUGAAUUCUUCCAAUAUAGCAUUCUCUGUUUUCCCAGUUGAUUCCAUAUUUCCCAUCUUUCACUUUUUCACACUUGUCUUUCCUGUAUUAUUUCAGGGAUGCAUACUGAAGAUAACUCUUAAUCUCAUGAAUUUGAGAACCCACUAAACAAACAACAUGCAAUAUGAGUCUGAACUGCUUCUGUGUAAGCUCUGCUAAUGGUGAAAGCUACCUGUAGUCUUAAGCCUGUGUGAACUGUUAGUCAGUGAAACAGCUGUGACCAACAUCAUUCUUUCUGCUUCCAAGGUUGCCUUCAGGAUGAGAAGACAGGUAUAGGGAAAGGCACUCCUCUUGUCACACUGUUGUGGAAACACUGAAUUUGAGUUAGGUGCCGAGCAUUAUGGGGGAAAAUCAGGCCCUUUGCUUGUGCGUGCAUCAUGAUUUUUUUGAUUGACUGUCUUGUGAGACUCAGGAACAUCAGAGAAGUAGUCCAACUGGACCCUGUUGUCAGAAGCUGCUCUUCUUUCUUGGGGCAAAAAUGACCUUUUUAUACUUUUGUAGUACUUUGGUGAGAAAAUAAUUGCCAUUGUUGAGCAUAAUUUCAUCAUUCUUUGGGUGCAAAGCAUAUUUUGAAUCAAAUACCUCAAGGUCUACCUAGACCUCUACAGAUAAAAUCUUUAGUUUAAUUUUCAGCACCUGCAGGGGUUGGUGGGGCAGGGGAUAGCUUAUGUGUGUACUCUUACACACGGAUGCUAUGGAUAUUCCACUAUUUCACUCAUGAAUGUUGCCAAAUUCUGGCCUCACUCAGUAUUCUCAUUGUUUCCAAGCAUCGUAGUAGUAUGUGUCCCAAGUAAUAUGGCCCCUUAAGCUUUGAUGUUAGAGUGUUAGGAUAUGACUAAAACAAAUACCCUGUGACAAAGGAGCUAAUAUUUUAUAGUGCUCCCAACAUUUUUAUACUUCCUCCCAAAUUAUGCCCAAUUUUGAUGUUAACUUUCAUGUAUUUUAAGGCAUUUACUCCCCCCCAACCCUUUGAAGCCAUUCAGCACUUCAGUAUAUCUUGGUCUCUCGUCUUCCUAUUCAAGUUUUCAGUAGGGAGUAAAAAUAGAACUAUCCAAAGGUUACUGUUUAUAUGUGACUUGUAUGUAUUACUCUAUUUCUGAAAUUUGAAUUGAUUGUGUUCAUUCACAGAAAAACUAGUAUUGCCUAGGAGGUAUUUUCCCCACCUCACCCCUGCCCCAGAAUAGUUUGAUGUCUAAAUUCCCCAUUUAUAGUUUGAUAUUAUUUCUGACAGACUGAGAUCAUGCAGUGAAAAGGAUACAUCUAUGUUCAGGGAUUUAUUACUCUUCACUUUAUUUUCUUCUAUGAAUAUGUCAUUAUUUAAGAGGAAAUGUAUACUGACACACAUUUUAUGAAACUUCCAUUGGAAGAAUAGUAGGCUGUUUUACCAUUCUGUGGAUCAGGAAUACCACUGACAAGCAACAAGCAAUAAGAUCUGUAAAUAUCUCCAACCGCCCCCUUCCUCUAGUCCACCAGUUUCCUAGUAUACCUAUUUCGUAAUGUAAUGUUCCCAGAAUCUGUCUGUGCCUUGUACAUUGUGAGGACUCAUUAAAUAUUUAUUAAUGAUUAGCUGAAAAAAGGGAAGACAUGAGGGAUAUAUAAAGUGAGUUCUGAUUGAGAAGUUGAUGAAUUACAGCAAUGAAUUGUGAAUGAAGUAGCUUUAUGAUGCUUCAGGGAAGUCAUUAAAUAUUGAGUAAGUUAAUUUAGAUGCUUUUCUUCACUUAACUAUCUUGUUUAAAUUUAUUAAAUCCCAGCCAAUAACUAAAACUCUGUAAUGAUCAAUUUGAGUACUUUAAUGUAUAUUUUUAAAUUAUAGAACUAAGGAAGCAAGGCCAUUUGCAUUACGAACACAAGUUUCCAUUCAUUUUUAAUGCUGGAGCUCCUAGCUUAUCAACAGAGCUAGGUCCCUACUUAGGGCAUCUGGAGAAAUGCUUUGACUUCAAGACUUAUCCUGUACUUACUUAAACGUUCAUUUUGUGUUUCCACAGCAACUUAAACUGUGGACCUUUUAGAUAUUUCUUAAACCUGCGUGAGUCAUUUUUUAAAAUUCAAAGAUGUGACACCUAUUAAUAUCCCCCUCCCUUUUUCCCCUUUUAUUUUCUUUUAAAGUUUUACUAUCUCUUUGGAUACAAUAGGCUCAAACAUUGAGUCCUAUUCCUUAGUCCUAUUCCUUAUUCCUGUGGUAUGGUUUUAAUUUAAUGAAAGGCUUAGACAUAAUAGGAUUAAAAAUUCUGAGGUUGUCACUCAAGACCACUUAAAUUUUCAUAUAAGGGCUUAUGUGAUACCUUGGUCCAAGAUAUGGAAGCAAAAGCUACUGGAGUUUUAUAUGUCGUUUUGCAAUAACACAUAUGGUACACUGUGGCACUUAGGUAUUCCAUUAUGUCAGUUUCCACUGAGACACACACACAUGCAUGUGCAUACAAAGGUAUUUAACAUGUUGAGAGGAAAUCAACGCCCUAGUGAUUCUCUAACGUAGUAUGAGAUUGUGUCUCACACAGGAGUGCAACUAUCCCUAGCUGGACAGUUUAAUCUCUGCCUUUCAGGAUAACAGGAAGUAGCAGUGUAGACUUUUUUUUCACCUUUGACAGAAUGCUUUUCUGAGCUUAAUUUUUUACUGGAAAAUUAUAAACCAUUAAAUAAAGUACGGUAGCAAGUUUGAAGUGCACUGUAGCAGGCAAACCUUGGUCUUCAGACCAUUUCUCAGAUUCUGCAGAGCCUGGCAUUCUUCGAGGUGCCUGGCACACUCCUAACGUGCUGCUGGUUCAUGGUAGGGACCUGUGUGCAAGCAGAGGAACGGUGAGGCCGACUCUGUCGUGAAAGUGGUGAGCAGGAAAAACCUGAAAAUUCUACUCAAAGUCGUACAGUAUCCUGGUUGAGGUGGGGAGGUGGAUAAUCUAUACACACUGUUAACGCAAGUGCCUUGCAUAUACUGCAGGGUGGGUGGGUGGGGAACAAGAUUUAUUUAAGCCUAAUGCUUAGGUAGAAGACAGAAGCUCCAAGUCUUGGUGUUUGAUUGUGACUUGCUUUCUUUAUUCCACUUGUUGGGCAUGGUACCACAGCACUUUUUUUAUCCUUGAAUGUGAUACUGGUAUGAGCAGGUAGAAUGUUUUGGGUUGUAUUUAAUUAUCGUUUUUAAGCACCCUACUGAGAAUAAUGUGUUCUGUAUGACAGAGACCUCUUGAGUCGGGUGAUAUCAUAUAGUCAUAAUUAAAGAUCAGCCAGGACCCUGUCCAUCCCGGCUUUAAAUGGAAGCAAUGCCACUCCACCCUACGAGAGAGGCCAUAUAGUUGUCCUAACUGAGUCCUUUGCCUCAUUUUAGGGAUUUGAAGGACUCCUUCCCAAAUUCAGGGUUACACGAGGUAGUUGAAAGAAAGAGGGGCAUGGGACCUUUAUCCUUUGAAAUGUUGGAGAAGAAAAGACGGGUAAAAUUUAAACUAUGUCCUUUAUAAAGCGGGGCGGAGGGAAUAUGAAGAGGGAAGGGAGGAAUAGGAAUUUCGCAUCAUGAGAUAGCAUGUAAUUUUAACUGAUCAGGUCAUUAAAGAAAAAAAUUAUAGCUAAAGAUUCCAAAGUGCUUUCCAGGGAACUGCUGAAUAAUAUAAUUCCUCAAGGGCACGAAUAUAUCAAUCACAUUUAUAAUGGAGACCAUUUUGACAGUUGUGAAUCUGGGGUGUGGAAGCCUCAGCUCUCAGCUGUGACUGGUGUAGCCUCAUCAGGCCAUGGUAACACUGUAAAACCAAACCCUGUGUUGAAACAGCAGCGGUACCUUAGUCUGCUGAUGAAACCUUGUGCUUCCAAGAAUAUUCGCUCUAUGUAGCUUGUGCUUUUUGGACAGUGAUCUGGUCCACAAAGCUAACCUGUCAUUUCUCCUAUUAGUCUGUUAUUCCUCAGGGUGUAGAAGAUUUAGUAAAUUUAGGACAAAAUUUUAUAUUCUGUGCAAAAAAAAUGAAAUUGCAAAAACAUGUGAAAUAUAUAACUAGCUCUUAAAAUUUUAGCGUAGAUAGUAUUUUUUAUAACCUGCAACUGGUACAGUAGAUCAUAGUUGCUCCGUGGUUGCCUCAUUGUCUCAGCUUUUGUCCUUGUGGCUCUAUUGUGAGUGUUCUUUGACAUGUGCCAUCUAUGGCGAUAGUUUCUGUAUUGUGUUUUUCAUGUUUGGCCCAGAUCAGAUUGUUUCAGUUGGCAUCAUUCUCAGUUUUGGGAAAUCCUACUGAAGUAAAUGGUUACUGUUGAUUUUCAAACCAGCAAUUCUUUUGCUUUAAACUUUAUUUUCCCUAGAAGAGUAUUUUACGUCCAGAUCCCUAUACAUAUUAAGUGCAUUGCAUAAUGCCUUGAACCUUGUAAGAAUUUAAUAGGUCAGAAUUGUUAAAGGUUAGUCGAAAGUAACUUCUGUCUGUCUUAGGCCUAUUUUUCUCAUUCUUUGCUUCUAGAGAAAUACAAAAGAUACAUAAUCAGGUUUGAGUGUAAAAAACAGUGAUUAGCAGAUAUACAGCAUUGCAAGUGAAAUUUAGGUUAGAUAUUUUAAAAGCAUAUACCUGUAUGUACAUUGCCAUUGCACAAAUACAUAUAAAUGGAAUUCAGAAGUUGAAUUAGUAUAGUGGUAUAAUUUGUUAAUAAAAAUUAAUCUGAAGGAUUUUUAUUUUCCAGUUUACUUAAAAGUGCUUCUAUUCAAGGCAGUUUCAUUAGACAAGCCACCUCAAGCAAAACUUGCAACCUACACAUAUACCCACUAAAAGUCUAAAUAAACCGUGUGUGUGUGUGUGUGUGUGUGUGUGUGUGUGUGUGUGUGUGUGUAUGAGUGACUUUAUAUUAAGCCUCUGGUUGCUUGUGGCCCAUUCUUUAUGGCUUUCCUUCCAUAGCUUUAGGAAGUCAGCCUUACUGGUGUUUAUGGCAAUCACUUUCCUUAAAGUACUAUGCAGCAUAGUUCAGGCCUUUAUCUUUAUAAAGUGAUUUUGAGGGUUUUUAAUGUCAUAGGGAUGCACCAUUUAACACAUCUAAGCGUUGAGUCAUCCAGCGGUCUGCCAGAAAUGCUCAUGUACAUGUAUUUUCCCUCACAAUACCGUUUUGUAUUUGGAGCAGUUCAUCCUUCUUCCUUACAGAAUGAGUGUAAACUGCAGUCAUCUUAGGUGCUUAAUACAUAUUUAGUCAACUAUUGAUCAAACUGAGCAUUCCGAAAAUAGAUUCUUGUCAUCUUUUCACUGAGGAAUUUACUUUUAGAGUAAUAUAUGUUUCAGAUACAAGAAUUGUAUUAUUUGAUGUGAAUCAUUAGGCUUAUUUAGACUAGACUUAGUAACAAAAUUAAAAUGUUUAUGUAGAACAAGAUCUGGCAGUAGGAGAUAGGAAAAGUUUAAUACCAUUUUGUCAAGGCACAUUAAUAAGUGUGAUGAAAUGGUUUAAUAGGCUGCUGAACUCCACACUAUAGUCUUCUGGUAUUAUUUCUAUGUUGCAGUCAGUUUCUUUGUAGCAUCCAAUAUUAAUUUGGUUUAGUUCCUGUCUAUUUCUUCUCAAGGUUGCUUUCUUAAAAGUGGUAAUAGUAAAAUAUGAAAUAGUAAAUACUUUCUUACUUUCUCAGAAUAUCUUGAAAAUAAUUUAUGAAUUUGUGAAUGAUGUAGUAGUUUCAGAGACUCUUAACACUUAAACUGCUCUUUGAGCAUUUUUGACUACUUACCUAUUAGAAACAAAGAGUUAGCAAUCAGACAUUCCAACCUCAGCUGUUAGGAGCAGAGUGCCGGUAUAACUGGGUACUGCCUUCCAGUGAGUUUGGAUGCUCGACUGUAAUGCUGGUGUCUAACUGAGGUGACCACUGUCAGUGUUGCAUUUUGGUUUGUGUUAUUUCAAGAAUAACAUAUAUUCUAGAUUAACUCGGUUUUUAGUUGGACAGAAUAAAAGAUGAGAUGUUGUAUGUCAAAUACAUAUUCUGCUACGAAAACUGUAAAAGACAUGAAAACUGAUAAUGGGUCUUUUCAAAAAAUUAAAAUAAAUCAAGUCUCUUAAACACUAAGCAGUUGUUUUAUUUUGACACAGAGAGACUUUAAAGAAUAGUUCUCUGAUUGUGCUACUAGAAUUUACCAUAUGUGUUCAUUUUACUUUGCUUGAUUCUCUAAAAAAAAGCAUUUCAAUAAGUUGUAAUCAAAAUUGUUUGGAGAUUUUUUUGGUAGGAUAGUUAAAUGGACAAGCUAUACAUGAUCUGUGGUGUAAAGUCAGAUCUGGGGCAUUAAAGAUAAGUUUGACUGUUUUAUUUUACUGAAGCUUCUCUCUGUCUUCACUCUGAUCACACUGUAGUUCACUCUAAUGGCGCUAAUUUCACUGUUUGCACUGUUGUUUCCCUCUGUUGGAGAGGUAGUUUUACUGAUUGUGCUCGUUUCCCUGUGUUUGCACUGCAGUUUCACUGUGAUCACCCUGUAGUUUCUCUCUGACGACACAGUGGCUCCCCUCCGUUUGCACUAUAGUUAUAGUAGUUUCUCUGAUUGCUUCAUAGUUGACUCUGUUCUCACCGCAGUUUUCUGUUCACACUAUAGUUUCAUUCUCACCACUGUCGUUUCCCACUGACUGCAUUGCUGCUUCACUCUCCUCGCAUUGUGGAUUUCUCUGACCACUCUGUGCGCACUAUAGUUUUGCUCACACUGUAGUUUUUUCUAAGCACACUGUAGUUUUUUCUUAAACAGUUUUCUCUCCAGGUAGUAAGUAGUCCAUACUAAAGUUGCUGUAUCUUUCAAUAUUAGUUGAUAUUUUUAAGGCAAAUAUUUUUGGUUUUUUUUUUUCAACACCUAAAAUGUAUGCAGAGGGAAAAAAUAAAUUUUGCAAUAAGAUAUUUUAAAAGUCUGCUUUUGUUAUUCUGGACGUUAGUACUCUAGGGUGCUUAAAGUAUAACGCUUAGUUCUAAGGUUAAUAUAAUGACUGUAGAUUAUUUAUUUCAGCACUGUCCAAUAGAAAUAAAAGAGAGCCACGUGGUAUAGUUUCCUAGUAAAUACAUUAAACAAGUAAAAUUAAUUUUAAUAUAUUUUAUUUAACCCAAGAUAUUAAAAUAUUAUUUCAGUGUGUAAUCAAAGUAGAAAAUUAUUAAUGAGGUAUUUCCCCCUUCCUCCCCUAUAGUAAAUCUUCAAACUUUAACCUAUUUUGUGCUUCAUAAUGCUUCUUAAUUCAGAUUAGUUGCACUUCAAAUGUUCAAUAGUCUUAUGUGGCUAAGGGGUACUGUUUUGGACAGUGUAACUUUAUAGGGUACAAAGAAUGACUAUUAAAUUGGGAGGUUGUGAGACAGGCAUAAAAUUAUGGUACUUAAAAAUUAGUAUACUUCCAAAACUAUCUAAUAGAAUUAUCUACUCAUUUGCCUUAUCUACUCAUUUGUCUUUAUUUUAAAUUUGCUCUAUGCAUAGACUCACCCUGUU